GCCACAUCCAUCUACUCACCCACCCUGACAUAAUCAGCUUCCCUCACCCACCUUGAACACUCACUAUUGCACACUCCCUUGCACACUCUUUCACCCUCGGCUUCUGCCACCUCUCCCUGGGCAAUACUGCCCACCUUUCUCUAAUCCCAGAGCUUCAGUCUUGCCCGGUCACUCACUCCAAACCCACCAUGUCACUGGGGCCACUGAAAUUCCAGGCAAUGGGUGAAGAAGAUGAGGAUGCGGAGAAAGCAAGCCUGGAUUGUGUGAAGGCCCUGACAGUCAAGCUGCAGCUGCAGACACGGCGGCCCUCAUAUCUGGAGUGGACAGCCCGCGUGCAGAGUGAGGCCUGGCGCAGGACCCAAGCCAGACCUGGGCCUGGGGGACCUGGGGCAAUCUGUGGCUUCGACUCAAUGGACUCUGCCCUUGAGUGGCUCCGGAGAGAGCUGCGGGAGAUGCAGGCUCAGGACCGGCAGCUGGCAGGGCAGCUGCUUCAGCUGCGAACCCAGCUGAACCGACUGAAGGUGGACCAAGCCUGUCACCUGCACCAAGAGCUGCUGGACGAGGCGGAGCUGGAGCUGGAGCUGGAACCGGGGGCUGGCCUGGUCCUGGCCCAGCCGCUGCGACACCUCGGCCUCACGCGCAUGAACAUCAGUGCACGGCGCUUCACCCUCUGCUGAGGAGCAUCUGUAGGUGCCUCCUUGGCACCCCCUAUUCCUUCCUCAGCCCUCCUGGGAAGGGUGAAGGGAGGGGUGCCUCAGAGGUGCCAGCACCUGAAGGAUAGGGGGAGGGUUAGGGGUGACACCCAGCUCUCUGGGAGUAGAAAGCCCCAGCAUUCUGUCACCCCUGCUGCCCCAGCUGGGG